CGAUCGAAGACAGGCUGCCUCUUGACGAAGUUCGCCAAUGACUGAAUUAUCUCAACGCAUCCACAUAUUGUUCACCAGUGUCUCGUGUGCAUGCAGCCCAACAGCUGCCAUGGCUCUGACUCUAGCGUCUCAAUCCUCUGGGGUGCCACUGUCGCCUGCAAAGCAGCUCAAUGAGGCGGUUGAUGAUUUCCAGAGGAUUCUGACAGAGGACCAACGGACGGUGCUCAAAAAGAUAAAAGCCAUCCCGGACGCCGAUGCCGUGCUCGUGUUCACCGCACAGCUUGACUCAAGUCAACACAGGCGCGGCCGUAGCAUCGCCACCCGGCUGCAUUCCGUCCUUCAGUCUGUCCGGGAUUUCUCUGCAGUCAUCGACACAUUCGUCUCAUCAAACCCACAGAUAGCCGCUCUGGUCUGGGGAAGCGUUAAACUUACGAUACAGAUUGCACUCAGAUUCACAUCUUAUUAUGAAGCGUUUUCUAAUCUCUUCAUGGGUUUCGCGUCGCACUGUCCACGGUUUGCCGAGUACCAGGUCCUGUAUGCGAACUCGGUCCGGCUUCAAACAGCCUUGUGCAGCUUCCACGCUUCUCUCAUCCGAUGCUGCAAGCAUGCAGUUGAGGCUGCCCAACGACCUUGUUUGUCGCUCCGAUGCUGUCUAUGCAACAGUCUGCCAUUGUUAACCGAUCCUAGGGAAAACACAACUUUGGAACGCUCUCUGGCAAUCAUUUGAGCAGGAAUUUAAGUCAGAUAUCUGCAUGAUUCAGAGGUGUGGUGAUGAGGUAAAGGAAGAG